AUGGUUUGGGUAGAUGCAUAUCCUACGUCACUGAUUGCUUUAACUGGAAAUGAGCCUAUUCUUAAACUUAUUCGUAUCCCACAUACACCGCUAAUUGGGUUGUUGACUAAAUCAAGUUUGUUGAUUUACAAUCAGCAUACUUUAUUGUUAGUAGCACAUCAUAGAAGAACCGACGAGUCAUUGCAACAACACGGAGAAAAUAAUAAUGUAAAAUGCAAAUAUAUAUCAGUUAACAGUGCUCAACUACAACAAUUGGCUAUGGUAAACCUCUUUGUUGAAACUGAUUUAAGCUGUUUGGUGAUUUACCAAGUCAUGAUAAACUAUUCGAAGUCAUUAUACGAAGUACAUAAUAAGCAAAACGAUGAAUUAUUACAAACAGGUUUACCAUUAAGUUUUACUUCACAUAAAUUUUCGUUGGUCAAUAUGAUAAAAUCAGCAACAAAGACUAUUAUGCAAGGAAAUCAGGUGCUGGUAAAUUUGGAGAAUAUAGAACAUUUUAAUAACUGUUCCAUUGAGGAUGAAUUAGGUAAUUUUAAGAUUGAAUAUGUGAAGUUGUCAAUCUAUAAAAUAUUGAAAAUUGGUAUUGGGAUAUCAAAAUAUUGGAUUAAACAAAAUUCCCAUAAUAUUCUAGUUUUUAAUGAUAAGAACGAAAAAUGUUCUGGUGAACAUGCUCAAUCAUUGCCAGAAGAUGAUAAUUAUUUCCAACUCAUAAACAUAAAGAAUUUUAAGAAUGAAGUGUUCCAAUUAUCCGAACUUGAAUGGUAUGACAACGAUUCGAAUAUUAUGUAUAUUACAUUCAACUACUAUGGAAACUUCAUCUUAUUGAUUAAUGAAAAAAACCAAAUUUGGUAUAUGAAAUUUGAACAAGGUGAAGACCUGGAAGUUAAAAUAGUUGGUCAGAAAGUAUACGAUUUUAAUAAAGUAGAAACACCAGAAUACAAAAUAUCAUUCAAUCCACAUUUUGACUUGGUUUUAAUAAGAAUCGAUCUCAAAAUUAAACUAUUUAAAUUCCACCAAAAGAAAGCUAACAAUUCAUUGGACUUUGUCAAAGAUAUUGACUUUGAAUUUACUAAUGGUGAGAUUGAAAUCUCCUGGUCACCAUGUGGUAUGUUUGUCGUUGUGUUUAACAAAGAUUCUGGGUAUUGGUCAGUCUACUCAAGGUUUGGCAAUAGAUCCUUUGACUCUUUUGAAAUCUUAAAUGAAGCAAAUUCCCGGAAUAAUUCUGACACUAACGUAAUUACAAAUUUCCUAAAAGUUUCAAGCAUUUUAAUUACUUCUAACUCAAGCCAAUUGAUAUUAAUGGAUAAAGAUAAGACCCAUUUAUAUUUGGUUGAUUUAUUGUCGUUAGCAAAUGGGAAUCACUUGGCUGGAACCAGUUCAGAUUUAAUAUUUUACAAUAAUGAAUAUAUUAGUAUAUUAUCCAACUAUAGCCCCAAUUCCUCAAAUAAUUUCACUCGAUUUCCAUUGUUGCCUAUAUUUAAGGAUAUAAUCAGAAAGAUUGAAUACUUUAAUGGUUCACGUUUAUCCGUUAAACAUCAAAGUGGAAAAUUGCAGUUCUCUUCUAAUAGAUAUAAACAAAUAUCGAUCACAUAUGGAAAUCACAUUGCAGUUUCUACUCCAUAUAGCAGUGGAGUUGAUGUUAACCAGAUAUUAUGGUUCAAUUUCCGUGACUAUUACGUUGAAUCUCUUAAUAUAAUUGAACAUUUUUGGUUUGAUGAUUAUUUAAUCCUAUUUAAUAGAACAACACAGGAUGAUAAUCUUGUGGAUGAAAUUAUGGUCUUGGAUACUUCGCUAUCAAAAUUCGGGCAUGGCGGUACAAACUUCAACUUUGACAGUGAUUUAAUUAUUUGGAAACACAACUUGAAUAGUAGAGUUAUUUGUUAUGAAUUAGGUGACCGAGAUGAGGUUACACUGAAGGCAGAUGGAAUCAAUCUAAGUAAGAAUUUAAUUAUUGUAACAGGUGAUAAGAAAAUAAUUAUAUUCGAAUUAUCAAAAUAUGAGUCAAGUAUGCUUAUCAAGAAGCGCUUGCAAAGUGGAAACUCGCGUCCAAAUCUGGAUGAUCAGGAUGAUUCAGAUGUUAAGAACUAUAAGAUUUUCAUUGGCUUAAGUAAAACGGUUCAUUUGAAUAGCAUUGAAGAUAAAUUGGCCAUAGCUGACAUCAGCCAAGUUAACGUGGUGAACAAUAAGCAUUUCUUGUUAUUAUUAAAUAAUGGGGAUUUAUUUUUGUUGAAAAACUACUCUUCAAAGCCGUCGCAAGAUGAGCCAACGGGUGCGUUGAAGCAACCAAGUAACAUUUACGAAUUAAUCAAAAUCAAGGAUUCAAUUGAGUGUUAUCAAUUACAGUCCAUCAACUAUGUCAAACAGAGUAAGAUUUCCUACUUGUACCUAUUCAAUGGUGAGUCCUUAUUGAUUUAUAAUUUAGUAGAAAUGAUUGAUCUGGCAUUUGGCAGUCAUCAUCGCGUACCUGAUAGCAUUAAUGAUGUGGAACCUCAAAUGGUUGAGCCAAUUAGCAUCGAGGUGCACGAUUUUCAACCACUUAUAAUCGAAAACACCAUUUGCGAGAACUCAGCUGGUCUUAAGUCAAUUGAUCUCAUAGGGUUGGAAAGUCUCUCGUUUUACAAAAACAAUUAUUUGAUUGUGAAAAACAAAGUGAACCACAAGUUAGUUCUAAACAAUUUCAUAGAAUAUGACGUCUCCACGAAGUUCAAUAUUGAAUCAAUCUUGCUCAAAUAUCAGUCAUUCAACAACUUUGAUUACUGUCUCGAAUUGCUACUAUUUAACUAUCUAACCUCGAAUAUUUCCGAACAUCUUUCCAAGAUCAUUGACCUAAUCAACCACACAAAACUGCCCGAGUCUAUCUACAUCAACUGCUUGAGAAAAAUAGAAAUUGCAUACUGGCAGACAUUUUUUGAAUACUUGCAGACUACCCCAUUCGACUUCAUGAACAAACUCAUUGAAAUCGGCAACGUCGAAUUGUGCUACAACUAUCUCAUCAUUUACCUUAACUUCAAGAAAGAGCACGACGACACCUCGUCCGAUAUUUCAUUAGAUUCUCAUGACACAGAAAUCAUACUAAAAAUCAUCAAAAUGCUUGAUAAAUCUCAAAAGUGGGACUGGUGCUUUGAGCUUUGUAGGUUUAUAAAACUCCUAGAGCCAUCGGGCCAUCUAUUGAAGCAAAUCGAAGUAGUACUUAGUAGUUAG